CACUCCCAUCGUCAGUCCCUCCAGAGUGACAACUCUCCUCCAGCUAAUAGAUUGAAAGGGAUUGCGGCAGGUUAUUUCAGGAUAACCUGGGAAUAGUCAGUCAGGCGUUCAGUCAGUCACCGCAUCCCACAGUCAUGUCGCUGAGGCUUUUGCCCGCCAUCAUCAUGGACGACGAGGAUGAUGACGGCAACUUUACCAAGUGGAUGAGCAGCUACUGGGGACACGGAGCCGAAGGACGCGGCGGAGGUGGUGGAGGAGGACACCUGCGUGAAAGGAAGCGAAGUUUUAGGAGACCGGCCAAGACAAGAGUUGAUAGACGAGCAUCUCUUCCAACAGUCUCCCAACUUGACGCCAUGAAGCUGAACCGGUUACACGCGGCCACUACUGCGAGUCACGCGAAAAGCCGAGAGGACAAGGGUGAGGUCAGACCUCACCAGAGGGCUCGGCGGACAUCCUCAGACGACAACGGACGCUCCAAGUCGGCCGUCCCGGAGAGCCGCAUCGGAACCAUCCCUGAGCUGACCGAAUCCUUUCAAAAAAGACUUUGUCUUCAAGAUAAAUGCACCCCGUCCCAGAACGGAGAUGUCAAGAUGUGUCUGCUUUGUCAUGACAACGUGUACAAAAGUGGUGCUGGCCUUCAAGAGCCGCAUUGUGCGCACACCUUUCACAAGGAGGCCGCUCGCAGGUCCGAGCCGUGCGGCCCACGCAGUGGCAGCGAGACGGCCGCGACCUGCAUGGUGAGGAGACUCCUGAGCGACAGGCGGAGGUCCGCGGAUGAAGUCGGUGCCGUCACCCCCGAAAAACAACAACAGCAGCAGCGGCAGCCGUUCCGCCGGCAGCUUUCCCUGCGCCGACACCGUUGAACUUAACACAGUGUAUAUUUUUCAGUGGCAGGCCGAACGCGGAAUUGCCACGUCAGAGAUUUUAGUCUACAACUUCUUGAUGGCAAGGCAUGCAGGCUGACCACAUGCUCCACUGUGCUGACAACUAUCUUACCUGAUAUAUUAAUAAAAAUGUAUUUCACAAUGUGUUUCAGUGCAUGGAGCAAUGGCUGUGGAAGAAACAAACGUGUCGUGUCCUGGUGUCCAUGCCCUGGUUCUC